AUGUCUAAAGUGCCCGAGAGCGCAGCUGCUUCAGACGACGACGACGACGACGACGCUGAUGAUGUCUUUGUUUGUUCGGUGAUGGUGAUGAACGCCAUCACCACGCCAGAUAAAAUUCCUUAUGCUCUAUGUGAGUUUUACGGUGUUCGACGAGUGGACGAAUGGAUUCUAUUAACGGCAGAAUUCAGUCAAGCUAGACGAUGUCAGCUUUUUACUCCUCAAUCGCUGGCAUUCACCGUAGCCGAUAUUUUGGCUAUUUCCGUUGGCACCGAUGACGGCUGA